AUGGAGGUUUUAUACACCGUCCAGCUUACUUGGUCAAUGGAGUUGACGCCGGCCCACCGAAUCCUGGCUUUGGGGUCUACGAUUCUGCAGGUAGAAACGAGCACCACGGUGCCACUCAGCCGGAAGAGUGGUGUACGUGGCUCGUCACUGAUGGAGCUUGCGCUAGGAGAGGUUGUUGCUGACUGGGUUGCUUUCAAGGCUAGAGGUCGGGACAUGAGUCCAAAAGCAGUCUCGAAUUCAAACAGCAUUCUUGCGCCUGGUGUCGGCGUUUGCAAUCCUACGUUGACUAUUCUGGUCAUUGUUGUGGUCGGUUGGGUUCUAGGAUGA